GGGGGCUGCCCGCGGGGGCCGCCCGCCGCCACCUCCGGCCUCUCGCAGCGCCGGCGGCGGAGAGGGGCCGGGCGGCUGCGGGGGAGAGGGGGCGAAGGCUACACACCCAGCAGCAGGCCGUCCAUGUCAAAGAUGAGGUAACUCACAUUUGUCAUCAAGAUCAUCAGUUACAGGUCAAGACCCUGGUUGCAGAAGCAGAACUGAUGGCAGCCACCUCAUGCUCACAAGGUGCCACGCUGACCUGAAGGCCUGAGCUGCUUUAGGACUCUGUGCCAAAGCAGUGGUGGAAGGGAAACCCACUCUCUUCCUGUUGUUCACGUGACUGGACUUUGCACCCAUUUACCAAUAAUAAGAGAACAGACAUCUUGUGUGAAAACUAGAGGCAGAAACAGAAACCAUUCCGUGCUGCAAGGGUACUCUCCAGGCGGACUUCAGGAAGUGUGGUCCUGUAUCUGGGUGUUCAAUCCCUGUCAGACCAGCAGCUGAGGCUGUUCUAAUACCUGGAGAGCCACAGUAGCCAAUAGGAAGCAUUGCAUACUGCUGCCCAGUGGAAGGGCAUGCGUGGUAGGGAGAGAAAAGUUGUGGAGACGGCAAGCAGGGAGGAGCAGCAGCAUCAAGAGUAGUAAUGGUAGAGUGCCAGUGGUAAUAGCAGUGCCUGGGCAAGCAAAAUUGGAGGAUUCAAGCAGCUGCAUUCAAAAGGAAGAAGAUGAGACUCCUGUUAUUUCUAACAGUUUGCCAGUAUGCCAUAAAUAGCAUCCAUACCUACAGUGUUUCAAAUCCCAAUGUCGUUUUGCUGAUGGCAGAUGAUCUUGGUAUUGGAGACCUGGGAUGUUAUGGGAACAGAACCUUAAGAACCCCUUAUAUUGACAGGCUAGCAAAGGAAGGAGUGACACUUACUCAGCAUAUAGCAGCAUCCCCACUGUGUACUCCAAGCAGGGCAGCUUUCCUGACAGGGAGAUAUCCAAUCAGAUCAGGAAUGGCUGCCUUUUCACGAGUUGGUGUCUUCUUAUUUUCUGCUUCUUCUGGUGGACUUCCUUCUGAAGAAAUAACAUUUUCAAAACUCCUGAAGCAAAGAGGUUAUGCAACAGCUCUAAUAGGAAAAUGGCAUCUUGGGAUGAACUGUGAAAGCAGUAAUGACUUCUGUCACCACCCCCUCAGUCAUGGAUUUGAUUACUUUUAUGGGCUCACCGUGACCAAUCUUAGAGACUGCAAACCUGGCCAAGGCAGCGUAUUUUUAAAAGGGAUUCAGAAGUACCUUGUCAUCCCAGUCCAAAUCCUUGGAGUCACCCUGGUCUCUUUGGCAGUAGUGCAUUAUGUUGGCCUCCUCAAAGUACCUUUCCAAGCACUGGGCUACUGCCUGUUAUUAACAGCUAUUUCACUUGCGGUUUUGAUUUUUUUCUUUUAUCAUUUUCGACACCUGAACUGCUUCUUAAUGAGGGACCAUCAGAUUAUCCAGCAGCCACUAUCCUAUGAGAAUCUUACUCAGAGAUUGACAACAGAAGCUGUACAGUUUAUAGGAAGGAACACUGAUGUGCCAUUUCUUCUUGUCCUGUCUUAUCUUCAUGUCCAUACAGCUCUAUAUGCUUCAAACAUGUUUAGAGGAAAAAGCAAGCAUGGUUUAUAUGGAGAUGCAGUGGAGGAAAUGGACUGGAGUGUAGGGCAGAUUCUGAAUGUGCUGGAAAAGUAUAAUCUGAGAAAUAAAACUCUUACAUACUUUUCAUCUGACCAAGGGGCUCACAUUGAAGAAAUCUCAAGUUCUGGAGAAGUCCAUGGAGGUUACAAUGGAAUAUAUAAAGGUGGAAAAUCAACAAACUGGGAAGGAGGUAUUCGUGUGCCUGGGCUUCUCCGUUGGCCUGGAGUGAUACCAGCUGGUACCUAUAUGGACGAGCCAACAAGUAACAUGGAUAUAUUUCCUACCAUUGUCAAACUUGCUGGAGCACAGUUACCCUAUGACAGAAUUAUUGAUGGACAUGAUCUGAUGCCCUUACUUCAAGGAAAAGUUACCCGAUCCAAGCAUGAAUUUCUCUUCCAUUACUGUAAUGCAUAUUUAAAUGCAGUACGCUGGCAUCCAGGAAACAGUGAAUCUGUCUGGAAAGCCUUCUUCUUCACUCCAAACUUCAAUCCUGAAGACUCUAAUGGUUGCUAUGAUUCUCAUGUUUGCUUUUGCCAUGGAGGAUUCAUCACACGCCAUGAUCCCCCAUUGCUCUUCGAUCUCUCCAGAGACCCUGAAGAGAAAGUGCCACUGACUCCAAAAACAGAGAGACGGUUCUAUGAAAUCCUCAGGGUCAUACAACUAGCAGUAGCUAACCACACCAGAUCACUGCAAGCUGUCCCUGACCAGCUCUCUUGGGACAACCUUCUCUGGAAGCCAUGGCUUCAGCCAUGUUGCUCAUCUCUCUUUCAGUCUUGCUACUGUGACUUUGAGUCAGAAGACAGCCUGCUGGAGGUGCAUUCUGGAUAAACAAGCUGCAGUUCCCUUUCAGAAACUGGAACAAGGAGAAUGUCUAGGUAGUUCACUUGAACCACUGCACAAAGCCUUUAGAAGUCUGUUAUGUAGGAUGAACUGUCUUUAAUAUGGUGUUGCAGUAGAAUUUCAGUCAAGAAAAUGUGCCAAGAGAAGGAGAACAAAACACAUCUUUUCUGACUUAAUAAUACAAGAAAUGGUAUGGAGCACAUGCUGCUGCCCUUAUCUAUAAAAUGUAUGCAUUUUCUAGAUUAGAUUAUUUUCUAGAUCUUCAGCUUCAGCUUUGUUUUUACACACUGAGGAAUUCACCUGUUGUUUCUGUCAAUUAUAACCACUAAGUACACACUUUUCUGUCCUUUUCAGUAAGUACAAUUCACCGCUAUUAGGAUAUUUCACCAAAAAAUACAAAUGCAUAUAAUAUAUGCAUUUAUAUUAUAUAUAAUAUAGUAUUAUAUAUAAUAUAUAUAUAUAAUGCUGGAGAGGUCCAUCUGUGACUAUAAUUUGAUAACUGACAGAUAGGUAAAGGACAGAUUUGUAGCAGCAUCUCUAUCAACAAGCAUCAGUGAUAUGGAAUAAUAAACAGUGCCAAAAAUCUAACACUGCAUGUGCCAUAAAAAUAUAGAGAGAUACAUAGUAGAAGACCUUGGUCCACAUUAAAAUGGUGCUCCCUAGCUAGCAUCCUAUUGCAUGGAAUCAACCUUUGUUUGGAAGACAAACCACUUCAGGUGCACCAGGUGUGUCCUUGAGUGUGUACUAUAGCUCUUCAGAAUAGCUCUUCAGAAAUACACACAGGCCAAAUUCAUACCCAAGAAAGAAAGAAAGAAAGAAGAAAAGAAGAAAAGAAAAGACAGAAAGAAAGAGAAAGACAGAAAGAAAGACAGAAGGAAAGACAGAAGGGAAGAAGGGAAGAAAGAAGGGAAGAAGGGAAGAA